GCCGGAGCGGACGGGACCCGGCCGGGAUGGUGCGGCGGCGGCGGCCCGGCCGCGCGCGCGCGCCCUGAGUGGGCCCAGGCUGGGCCCCGCGCCCCCCGCGCCCCCCGCCGCCCCAACCCCGGCCGGCAUGAGGUGCCUGGAGUGCGCCUCGGCGGCGGCGGGCGGCGCGGAGGAGGAGGAGGCGGACGCGGAGCGGCGGCGCCAGCGCCGGGGGGCGCCGCGCGGGGCCGGCGGCGGCGGCUGCUGCGGGACACGGGGCGCGCGUGGCCCUGGAGUGGUGGCCGCCGACGAUGAGGUGCAGACGCUGUCGGGAAGCGUGCGGCGGGUCCCGUCCGGGCCCCCGGGCAGUCCCGGCACCCCUAGCUGCGCCGCAGCGGCGAAGGGCCCCGGCACGCCGCAGCCCAAGCCGGCCAGCCUGGGCCGAGGGCCGGGGGCAGCCGCCGCCAUCCUCAGCUUGGGCAACGUGCUCAACUACCUGGACAGGUACACCGUGGCAGGCGUCCUUUUGGACAUCCAGCAGCACUUUGGAGUCAAGGAUCGCGGCGCAGGUUUGCUGCAGUCAGUGUUCAUCUGCAGCUUCAUGGUGGCUGCCCCCAUCUUUGGCUACCUGGGUGACCGCUUCAACAGGAAGGUGAUCCUCAGCUGCGGCAUCUUCUUCUGGUCGGCAGUCACCUUCUCUAGCUCCUUCAUCCCUCAGCAGUACUUUUGGCUGCUGGUCCUGUCCCGAGGGCUGGUGGGCAUCGGCGAGGCCAGCUACUCCACAAUUGCACCCACCAUCAUCGGCGACCUCUUCACCAAGAACACACGCACACUCAUGCUGUCUGUCUUCUACUUUGCCAUCCCACUGGGCAGUGGCCUGGGCUACAUCACUGGCUCCAGUGUGAAGCAGGCAGCUGGAGACUGGCACUGGGCCCUGCGGGUGUCUCCUGUCCUGGGCAUGAUCACAGGAACACUCAUCCUCAUCCUGGUCCCAGUCACCAAGAGAGGCCAUGCAGACCAGCUUGGAGGGCAGCUCAAGGCACGGACUUCCUGGCUCCGAGACAUGAAGGCAUUGAUCAGAAAUCGCAGCUACGUCUUCUCUUCCCUGGCUACGUCAGCCGUGUCCUUUGCCACGGGCGCCCUGGGCAUGUGGAUCCCACUCUACCUGCACCGAGCCCAAGUUGUGCAGAAGACAGCAGAGACAUGUAACAGCCCGCCCUGCGGGGCCAAGGACAGCCUCAUCUUUGGGGCCAUCACCUGCUUCACUGGCUUUCUGGGAGUGGUUACAGGUGCAGGGGCCACACGCUGGUGCCGCCUGAGGACCCAGAGGGCUGACCCGCUGGUGUGUGCAGUGGGCAUGCUGGGCUCCUCCAUCUUCAUCUGCCUCAUCUUUGUGGCCGCCAAGAGCAGCAUCGUGGGUGCCUAUAUCUGCAUCUUCGUUGGGGAGACCCUGCUGUUUUCCAAUUGGGCCAUCACUGCAGACAUCCUCAUGUAUGUGGUCAUCCCCACCCGACGGGCCACCGCGGUGGCCUUACAGAGCUUCACCUCCCACUUGCUGGGGGAUGCUGGAAGCCCCUACCUCAUCGGCUUUAUCUCAGACCUGAUCCGCCAGAGCACCAAGGACUCUCCGCUGUGGGAGUUCCUCAGCCUGGGCUACGCCCUCAUGCUCUGCCCCUUCGUGGUGGUCCUGGGUGGCAUGUUCUUCCUCGCCACCGCACUCUUCUUCCUCAGUGACCGUGCCAAGGCUGAGCAGCAGGUGAACCAGCUGGUGAUGCCUCCUGCAUCAGUGAAGGUCUGAGGUGGUGCCGCUGGGACAGUGAUGAAGCCUCACCCUUGUUUGUACCUAGACUGGAAAGUGGCCUCAAGCACCUUGGACCUACAGGGCUGUCCCAAAGCUUUCUGUGUGACACGCAGCUGGGCACCCCCCCUCUCUGGCCCAGGACUCCUAAGCAGCCCUGGCUCCAAGCUGCACCCCCAGUUAACAUGGAAGGCUGUGUGUGCUGGAGUCAUGCAGUCGGACAGAUUCCCAGGCCUAAGUUCAGGCUCCAGAGCCCCUGGGGCCAAGGGAGAAGACAGCUCCAAGUGCGUGUACUGGGAGAGCCCGGCCUGCCAACAGCUACUGUCAUCCUGGCUAACCCUCUGACCUCCCUAGAUGGUGGGGUUAGGGGUUUGGACCACCCCACACCACGUGCCAUGCAGGGCACUGCCUGUGGCUUUGAGGACCCAGCAGAACCCAGGACACAGAGCAGAGAGCCACUGGGUCUCAGGGCCACAGGCCAGAUCCCCAGGCAUCCAAAGGGCCUGGCACAUAGGGACCACUGACCUCGAGGACAUCACCCACCCUGGCUCAUGGAGCAGGGCUUAUCUCCUGGGGCCAUGGGCCAUUGCCAGGUCUCCUGUGUGGGGACCAGCAACCCCCACCACAGGUGUGAGAUGUGGGAGGUACCCACCAGCUCAUUUCUAGAUUCCCUCUGGUCCCUACACCUUCCUGGUGUCCCCAGGAGACAUGCCAUGUCCUCUCCAAGGCUGGCCUGUCUUUAGGGAAGGAGGUUCAGCCUCCCUGACUCCUCCAGCUGACCCGGGGGGGGGGGUCAGGUCUUCACUUCUAUACCCCUCUCCAAUCCCUGCAUCAGGGCAGCUUCCACCUGCCCUUCCCCCACCCCCUCCUCCAGUCCCAAAGCACUUGCUGCAAUGAAGGCAGCUCCAGCCCAGGGCUGCCGAGACCCACAGGAGACCCUAAUGCUUCCUCUGCCUGCCCAUUAGUUACUGGCUGGCUGUGGCUUCAGUGUGUUAGCUAGUGGACUACCCACCCCACCAAGGUCUGGGGCACCCAGGGGCCAGAUACAGGAGUGGGGUAGAAUCCCUCAGAGACCAGCCUGGCCCCCAG